AUAGCAACGAUCAUAUAUUAUUCCCAUCUGUGUUCACACUACAUGAAUCUUAGCAAAAAGAUUUACCAGAAAAGUCAGCUUGACCUCUCUUUCAUUUUUCUGCUGUCGAAAAAAAAAGUCUUUCUUUGUUUUCCACCACUUCUUCUUUGGUGAAUCUUUUUAGGGAUUUCUUCUGCCAUGGAUGCUCUUCUCCAAGUAUCCGUUGAUGGGUUCAGAUUGGAGGAGUCGGGUCCUUGCUGCAAACCCAGGAACCCUCAGGAAACCGGGAACGAUUCUUUUAUGUGUUUUCGCAAACCCGAAUCUCAAAAUCCUUCCUUUGACAAUUCUGCAGCAGGUUCAGACGAUUUUGUUGUUCUCAAGUACAUCAACGACAUGUUGAUGGAAGAAGACCUUGAAGGGCAAUCUUGCAUGUUGCAGGACAGUUUGGCCUUACAAGCCGCCGAGAGAUCCUUCUAUGAAGCCCUCCACGAUCAAUCUUCACCCUCGGAUCAGAACUCCAAUGAUCAAUCACAUGAUUUCGCCGGAAACUUCACCACACCAAGUGGCUUACACCAGCCGACUCUGGCCUUUACCGACUCCCCUGAAAACGCUGAUUCUGCAUAUAUUCUGUAUGGGGAGUCACAAAGAAGGUACCGUCCAAGGGAUGAUGACGACCUUGAAAAUGGCCGAACAAUCAAGCAACCUGCCAUUUCUUCGGAGAUAGAGCUGUCGGAAAAGUUCGAGGAGUUACUAUUAUCCUGCACAGGGAAUAACCAAGAAACAUCACCAAACUCGCAAGCAAAUCAUAAUCACGAGAACAGAACCAGAAGGGCGAAGGGCUCAUCAUACCGUUCCCUAACCCAGAAUCCCGAGUCAGUGGACCUGCAGAGCCUCCUGAUGCAGUGUGCACAAGCUGUAGCAAGUUUCGACCACAGGACAGCAACAGAGAAACUGAAGGAGAUAAGAUCACACUCUUCUAGAUAUGGUGACGGAACCAGGAGACUGGCAUUCUACUUCGCAGAGGCACUGGAAUCUCGCAUUGCAGGAACCCAAUCACCACAAUUGUUCUCUAAGCUUCCUAGCAGCAGAACAUCAAUUGUGGAUAUCCUGAAAGGAUACAAGCUGCCAGGUGGACCACCAGUACUCCGGAUAACAGGAAUUGAGAUGCCGCAGCCUGGCUACCGUCCGUCCGAGAGGGUUGAGGAGACGGGUCGGCGACUGAAAAGGUUUUGUGAUAAGUUUAAUGUUCCGUUCGAGUACAACUUCAUAGCCAAGAAAUGGGAAACCAUCAGUCCUGAUGAGUUAGUGAUUACCAAGGAAGAGACAACGGUUGUCAAUUGCGUAUACCGGCUUCGUUAUGUCCCAGAUGAAACUGUGUCCAUGAAUUCUCCAAGGGACAUAGCCCUGAAGCUAUUCAGAGACAUCAAUCCUGAUCUAUUUGUGUUUGCAGAGGUUAACGGUAUGUACAAUUCCCCAUUCUUCGUGACAAGGUUCCGAGAAGCACUCUUCCAUUUCUCAUCACUCUUUGAUAUAUUCGAGGCCACAACACAAGAAGAGAAUGAACACAGAACGUUGGUGGAGAGGGAAAUAUUCGUGAGGGAUGCUAUGAAUGUGAUAGCCUGUGAGGGAGCCGAGCGGAUUGAGAGGCCUGAAACCUACAAGCAGUGGCAGGUUAGGGCAUCAAGAGCCAGAUUUAGGCCAGUUGAACUAAACAAAGAGAUUAUGAAGGAAGCAAAGGAGAUGGUGAGAACAGGUUACCACAAAGACUUUGUGAUCGACACAGAUCGCCAUUGGAUGUUUCAGGGCUGGAAAGGAAGAGUUCUCUAUGCUCUUUCCUGCUGGAAACCUGCGGAGAAGUGAAACAUUCCUGCAAUCAUUCGAAAUAUAUCGCCUUAUGGUCACUCUGUAGCUUCUUCCCAUGAUUUUGCUCCCCUGGAUGCAUUUCGAAUGUAUCUCCUUGUUCCCUGCAAGGACACCUUCUAUGAUAAUCACAGAUCGGGAUAUUGUAAAAGUAGACAAUACAGCUUCACUUGUAGGACUAAAGGUUACGUAAGUAUCUCUUACGGCAGCGAGAAUUAACCGCUUAACUUUGUGAAAAUUCAAAACUUUGGAUACAAUUUUUAUAAGAUGGGUUUGAACACCACGUAAA